AUGAUAUUCACACAGCUUGCCAAGGCUCUUUGCCUCUGGUCUCUCCUUCUAGUACCUUUUACUGUCGGCCAGAAUACCUCAGACCAUGAGUCCAACAAGAACAGAACCCUGAGUAUCGGUAUUAUCAUCUUCGAUGGCUUCGAGCCCAUUGAGGUCUGGGGACCACUUGAAUACCUAACAACUUUGUCAGCCUUCUACAAGAUGACCCUGUCCAUCAUUUCAUACCAAAAGGGUCCCGUCAAAGGCACCGUCAUUACCCAUACGUUUGCCGACGCACCAGCUCUUGAUGUCAUUCUGGUUCCCGGUGGCACGGGCGUCAUAAACGCGACCUUGAGUAACAGGACCGAGAUCGAGGAAUUUCUCGUUCGACGUGCCGACCAGGCUGAAUAUAUUCUCGGGCUCUCGUUUGGAGUCACGCAUCUGGCGCGGUCGGGCCUCCUCAAUAGCAAACGCGCAACGACCAAUAAGAGCGGGUAUCAGUGGAUCGUGGGCUAUGGACCAGAGGUCAACUGGGUGCCGCAGGCUCGGUGGGUCGUUGAUGGCAAGUUCUGGACUGCUUCAGGCAUGAUGGCCAGCUUGGACAUGACAUAUGCGUGGUUGUCCCAUGUUUAUGGAGCUGAAGGGCCUGUUAAUCAGCAAACGAAUGGUAUCGAAUAUGCUCCACAUCUUGAUUCUUCGUGGGAUCCUUACGCCGUUAUUUUCAAUGUUCCUGGUGCGAAUGCCAGCCGGCCCUCCCAAGAUUGUGUCGGACCCAUUGGGACAUGA